AUGCACCCCCCUCGCCCCCCCUCCGACCUCCCGGAGGAUUUCUACAUCCCCAUGGCCCUGGACACCUCCAACAUCACGGCCCUCAGCCCCUUCCUGGUCCCCCAGACCCACCUGGGCAGCCCAGGGCUGUUCCGCGCCAUGGCCGCCUUCAUGUUCCUGCUCAUCGCCCUGGGGGUCCCCAUCAACACCCUCACCAUUUUCUGCACCGCCCGUUUCCGGAAGCUUCGUUCUCACCUUAAUUACAUCCUGGUUAAUUUGGCUUUGGCCAACCUGCUGGUCAUCCUGGUGGGCUCCACCACAGCCUGUUACAGCUUCACCCAGAUGUACUUCGCCCUCGGACCCACGGCCUGCAAAAUCGAGGGCUUCGCCGCCACGCUGGGAGGGAUGGUGAGUCUGUGGUCUCUGGCCGUGGUGGCUUUCGAGCGGUUCCUCGUCAUCUGCAAACCUUUGGGCAACUUCACCUUCCGGGGCAGCCACGCCGUGCUGGGCUGCGUGGCCACCUGGGUGCUGGGCUUGGUGGCCUCCGCACCGCCGCUCUUCGGGUGGAGUCGGUACAUCCCAGAAGGGCUGCAGUGCUCGUGCGGGCCGGACUGGUACACGACGGACAACCAGUGGCACAACGAGAGCUACGUGCUCUUCCUCUUCACCUUCUGCUUCGGUUUCCCCCUCGCCAUCAUCGUCUUCUCCUACGGGCGCCUCCUGCUGACGCUCAGAGCUGUGGCCCGGCAGCAGGAGCAGUCGGCGACGACGCAGAAGGCGGAGCGGGAGGUGACGAAGAUGGUGGUGGUGAUGGUGCUGGGCUUCCUGGUGUGCUGGGCGCCCUACACGGCCUUCGCCCUCUGGGUGGUGACGCACCGCGGGCGCAGCUUCGAGGUGGGCCUGGCCUCCAUCCCGUCCGUCUUCUCCAAGUCCUCCACCGUCUACAACCCCAUCAUCUACGUCUUCAUGAACAAGCAG